AAUAAAAAAAGCAAAUGUCACAACAUAACCUCAAAUAAUUCGCGAAAAUUAUGCUAAAAUAAAUUAAUAAAGUAUUAAAUUUCAAUUAUGAAUGCAUUAAUGUUUCGUAGAAAUUGUAGAUUAAUAACCCAGCGUGCUUAUGCCACUACUAAGAAGAAAAUAUCGACUGAGUCUGAUGAAGAUCUACCAAUUUUUCAAUACCCCGUGAGUAAAAGCUCGGACAGACGCGUCUAUGUGUGGGGUCUGGCAGAAACUGGUGCCCUUGGCAUCCACUUGCCAAGGGGCAAGCGCGGUAAAAAGGCAUACAAGAAUAACUUCACGCUGGCUUGGCAUCCUACGAGGUCCAGUUUUGCGGAGAGAUUUGAUGUGACACAAAUAGCCAGUGGUUACGGUUUCACUGUGGCUGCAAUCAAAACAAAUGAGCAGCACAAAGUGUUUGGCACUGGCAUCAACACAGACUCGCAGAUUGGAUACCAUGCACCUCGCAUUGGUCAUCCCCUGGAGCUAGUAUUAAGCCCAGCACCUAUUUAUGUGCCUUACAAAUCUUUGGAGAGCAAGAUUGUAGGUUUAUCAGCAGGCAGAGCUCACACAGUGAUUCUAACAGACAAUGAAGGAGCAUACACCCUGGGAAACAAUGCAUAUGGCCAGUGCGGGAGAAAGAUCAAUCCCACUGAGGAAUAUAAAGGCAGCAUGAUCUCACAUAACAUCAAGAGAUUAGGCAAAGAGAACAUCACUGAUGUUUGUUGUGGCCAGGAUCAUACACUGUUUAUAACAGAGUCAGGGAAGGUGUAUGCCUGUGGCUGGGGUGCUGAUGGUCAGACUGGACUAGGAAUUUAUGAGAAUCAAGGGAUUCCAGCUCCAGUGAAGGGUGAUAUCACUAGUGAGAAAAUUGUGAAGGUUGCAUCCACAGUGGACUGUGUGCUUGCCCUAAACGACAAAGGUGAAUUAUUUGGCUGGGGAAAUUCUGAGUAUGGUCAAGUACCAAUGGCCAAGAAACAGCAGCAAGUAAACAUGUCCUAUGCUCUAGUCAACUUCACCAAAGGACUUGGGAAAAUAAAAGACAUUGCAUCAGGGGGAUCUUUCUGCCUGAUUGUGAAUGAACAUGGUGAUGCUUUUGUAUGGGGCUUUGGGUUAUUAGGGCUGGGCCCCAAUGUUCAACAUACAGCAAAGCCAACGUUGAUACCUCCAGCCCUCUUUGGUCGAAACGAGUUUAAUCCUGAAUGUACUGUGGAGAAAGUCGCCUGUGGUGUUGGUCAUCUGGCAGCCAUUACAAACAGCGGAGAUCUGUACAUGUGGGGCAGAAACAGACAUGGCUGUUUAGGAUUAGGACACGCAAAAGAUCAAUACUUCCCCUUGAGAGUGGCCAUUGGAGCUCACGUUCUGAAGGCUGUCUGUAGCGUUGAUCACACAAUAGCCUUAUGUAAACCUUUUACAUAAAUAUGCGACUAUA